UUGAUUAUUGUUGCUUGCAGCGCGUUACAUGAUAAAGAAAAGAGCUCAAGGGCCGGCUGACACGUAACCAGUUCUUCCUAAUUGUGUUCAUGUGUAGCUUUGCUUAUUACCUCUUUCCUGGUUAUCUAUUUCCGAUGUUAACCUCCAUGUCUUGAGUCUGUUGGGCCUUCCCUAAAUCUGUUCUCGCCCACCAACUGGGCUCCGGCCUUCAUGGUCUGGGCAUCGGUGCCUUGGCCUUGGACUGGUCUGCAGCCACUUCUUACCUUGGAAGUCCACUCGCCAGCCCUUGGUUUGCUACAGCCAACAUCGGCGUUGGCUUCCUCGUCCUCGUGUACCUCAUCGUCCCUGCUUCCUACUGGCUCAACAUCUACAAUGCCAAAGCCUUCCCCAUCUACUCCAGCCAACUCUUUACUUCUUCCGGCCAAACCUACAACAUCUCUUCUAUCAUCAACUCUAACUUCCAAAUUGACCUCAACGCCUACAAGCAGAACGGCCCUCUUUACAUCAGUACCUUCUUUGCCAUUACCUAUGGUGCUGGCUUCGCUGCACUUACUGCCACUAUUGUUCACGUUCUUGUCUUCCAUGGAAGGGAAAUAUUGGAGCUAAGCAAAUCGGCCUUGAAGGACAAGAGAAAGAUGGACAUAUACACGAGGCUUAUGAGCAAGUAUAAGCAAGUGCCCCAAUGGUGGUUCAUCUGCAUCCUCCUCUUGAACAUUGCUGCCACUAUCUUUGCUUGUCAGUACUACAACGACCAACUUCAAUUACCAUGGUGGGGAGUCUUAAUAGCUUGUUUCAUUGCCUUGAUCUUCAUUCUACCAAUUGGCAUCAUCUAUGCCACCACAAACCAAGUACCAGGGUUGAACAUCAUUACCGAGUAUAUUAUAGGGUACAUCUACCCAGGGCGCCCUGUUGCCAACAUGUGCUUCAAGGCGUAUGGAUAUAUCAGUAUGACUCAAGCUGUCACCUUUCUCCAAGAUUUCAAGCUUGGUCACUACAUGAAGAUUCCUCCCAGAACAAUGUUUUUGGCCCAGGUUGUAGGAACCUUGCUAUCUUGUUUGGUCUACCUGGGAACUGCUUGGUGGCUAAUGACUUCCAUCCCCAACAUCUGUGACACUUCCCUGCUGCCCCCCAACAGCCCAUGGACAUGUUCAAUGGACCGUGUAUUUUACGACGCAUCUGUUAUCUGGGGGCUGAUUGGCCCUCACAGAUUUUUUGGGGACCUCGGUUCAUAUUCAGCUGUCAAUUGGUUCUUCCUAGGUGGAGCCAUUGCCCCAGUUCUUGUCUGGGUUGCACACAAAGCCUUCCCUCAGCAGAAAUGGAUCCGCCUCAUCAACAUGCCAAUCCUAUUAGGUGCUACAGGAAUGAUGCCCCCUGCCAGCGCUAUCAACUUCAGCACCUGGCUACUUCUUGGGUUCGUCUCUGGCUUCAUCCUCUAUAGAUACCAGCAAAACUGGUGGCAACGACACAAUUAUGUUCUCUCAGGGGCUCUAGACGCUGGCCUAGCCUUCAUGGGUGUGCUCCUGUUUCUGUGCUUGGGCCUGAAGGGAGUCGGCAUUAAUUGGUGGGGAGCAAACCUAGAUGGCUGCCCUUUGGCUAUUUGCCCAACCGCCAAAGGGGUGAUUGUUGAUAAUUGCCCUGUUUUCUGACUUAAGUUUAC